GCGGCGGAGAGACCGCGGCAGCCCGACUCCAGCCCCGGCGGCGGCGGCAGCCCUGGCGACUCGGACACCGGCCGCCGGCGCGCGCUGAUGCUACCCGCGGAGCUCCAGGCGCCGGGCAAUCACCAGCACCCGCACCGCAUCACCAACUUCUUCAUCGACAACAUCCUGCGGCCGGAGUUCGGCCGGCGGAAGGACGCGGGGACGUGCUGCGUGGGCGCCAGCGGAGGACGAGGCGGCGCAGCCCGCGGCGAAGGCGGCGCAGGAGGAGCCGAGGGGGGCGGCACUGGUGCAGUGGAGCCGCUCCUGGGGCCGGGCGCCAGGGAGCCGCGGCAGAACCCGCCGUGCGCGCCCGGAGCGGGAGGGCCGUUACCCGCCGGCGGCAGCGACUCUCCGGGAGACGGGGAAGGCGGCUCUAAGACGCUUUCUCUUCACGGUGGCGCCAAAAAAGGCAACGACCCCGGGGGUCCCCUGGACGGAACACUCAAGGCCCGGGGCUUGGGCGGCGGCGACCUGUCGGUGAGCUCGGACUCGGACAGCUCACAGGCCAGCGCCACCCUGGGCGCGCAGCCCAUGCUCUGGCCGGCCUGGGUCUAUUGCACGCGCUACUCCGACCGGCCUUCUUCAGGUCCCAGGUCCCGAAAACCAAAGAAGAAGAACCCCAACAAAGAGGACAAGCGGCCACGCACGGCCUUCACUGCUGAGCAGCUGCAGAGGCUGAAGGCGGAGUUCCAGACCAACAGGUACCUGACUGAGCAGCGGCGCCAGAGCCUGGCACAGGAGCUGAGCCUCAACGAGUCCCAGAUCAAGAUCUGGUUCCAGAACAAGCGCGCCAAGAUCAAGAAGGCCACGGGCAACAAGAACACGCUGGCCGUGCACCUCAUGGCCCAGGGCCUGUACAACCACUCCACCACGGCGAAGGAGGGCAAGUCGGACAGCGAGUAGCCGCGCGGCGGGCGAGGCCUGCAGGCCGCACGGAACAAUGCAAUAAUUUAAAACCGCAAAGGGCCAGUGUAUAGAGAUUCUACCAGCAUUAAUCGUGAAGAUAUUGUGUAUUAGCUAUGGUUCUGCAAUAUUCUAUGUAUAUAUAAUUUACAGGUGUUGUAAAAUCCAAGAUAUCAGACUAUAAAAUAUUUUUUUUGCUUUUUUGUGUUUACAAGAUUAUC